AUGACUAAUCGAUACGAUCGUGAUGAUCCAAGGCGACUUUAUUCGCCGGUUCCGCCAGACGGAAGAACCCGAAGGAACUACGUUAAGGCUCCUUCAACAGAUAUUUACACGUAUACUACCGAGACUGGAAGCUCUGAUGAUCCGGAAAAAGCUGAACGUAAUUGUUCGGAUUGGAUGAAAUAUGGCAUUUUCACUGCAAAUAUUGUUUUUUUGGUUGUUGGAGGAAUAUUGCUAGCUAUGGGAGUGUGGCUUCGAACAGACAGUCGAUUUCGGGAAUUCAUAAGCGAAAGAUACCGUCAAGCUGUUGAAAAUGCAUUCUGGGAAGCGCCAACAUUAUUCGCUUUUUCCUAUAUUAUCAUUGUUAUGGGUUGUUGCAUGAUUGUAAUUGCGAUGUUUGGUUGCUGUGGUACAACCGGAAAAUCUCGCUUAUUCCUCAUCAUUUACACCAUAGCAGUUUUCCUGCUUCUCAUCGCUACAUUGGCUUGCGGUAUCUACCUUCUCUACAAAAAAGAUGGAAUUGACGUUGAGUUGUCCGAUGCCUUGAAUUACAUGGUUCAACAUUAUUAUAUGGGGCCUGGAGUAGUUCAGGAAGCUCUCGAUCGUUUGCAGACAACAUUUCGAUGUUGUGGUAACGCAGGCUGUUCCGAUUUUAGAGUCUUUCGUCAGGACAUUCCGCGAUCUUGCGAUAUUCGAUGUGACGGAUGCCACUAUAGAAUUAUGGUUGCUUUGCGUAUUGGAUUUUCAGUGACCCUCAUUGUCUUCUCUGCUGUUGUCUUGUGUCAAGUUCUUGCCAUAAUAUUUGCGCUUUACUUUGUCUUCAUGACAAAAAAAGAAGUCCGAAUUGUUUACGUCGAACCUCAGACGUCACGUCGAGAACCAACCGUUCUGACUCGAGAUGCCCUCAGGCAACAUGAUUUACCCUAUGGUCUUAAACAAAGCGUUGUGUCGAGAAAGAAAUUUUACUAUUAA